AACUUUAGCGUUUCAUCGAAAAUAUUAAAUGUGUGCCCACAUAUAUUGUUGCAUAUUUAGUGAAACAUGUACAAAAGAGUUUUGCAAAUAGUAUAUGGAUGGAUCCUACUUUUUUGUUGCUAGCCGUUACUUGUCGGAAUAGAAACUAUCAUGCAAAAACAUUGUUUUCAAAACCAUUUUGGGCUCGUAAGGAUCAUGGAAGCACCUGUGCGUUUAGUGUGAAUGGGGAAUUGAGGAAGUACUUUGCUACAAAUAAACCAAAUACGUCAUGUCUGUUAUCGAUAUGUAGCAAAUUUAAUGAGCAAGUUGCUAGACUCGCGAGAACGCGUUGAACAGGUGAAUGCGAAAACUUAUAAUCUUUGCCUCUACAUGAAUUUGGCUCAUAAUUUGUGCUGGCUGCUGCCACAUAACAAAUCUCUAAAAGCGAAGCGCGAACAACAAAAGGCCACUUCAUUAGGAGAAUAUGUAUAUCAGCGGGAAAGGGGCCAACAGAGAGACAGGGGAAGGAACCGCUCAAAAGCUUACAGCGCCGCUGGCAGCAGCGAUCGGAGCUCAGUCGUCAAACGGCAGCAUUUAACUAAAGUCGCAAGCCCGGAGUGGGAGCAGAUCGCAGCUGGAAGCAUAACCAGAACCAGGCACGGAACAAGAAGCGGCAAACGCUUAGCUGAGCGCUAUCUACGUAUUAUUCUAUUUGUGGCUUACAAGAUGUUUGGCACUCGACGACAUUUGUUGCUGGUUAUGACGUUGAGCGUGCUGCUGCUAGGCAUCAGCUGGGCAGCUGAGCAGCCCGAGCAGCCCGAGGAGGUCAUCAAGGAGGAUGUGAUUGAGAUUGAGAACAAAACGCAAAAGGUUAUACGCGUCAGUCCGCUGGAGCUACCCCUGAAACAGGACCGCACGGGCAGCCAAAUGAACUCGGAGCUCUUCCAGAUCCAAACACUGCGUCCGGGCGCGCAACGACCACGACAGCGUCUGUAUGUGGACUCGAAGCGCAUGCGUCCCUCGAGGAUCGCCACUGGUGAAGCAUCGCAGCCCGCCUUGAAAUUCUCGUACACGCCCGAACUAAAAGCCUUUCCCAAGCAGAAGCUGAAAAUGAAGCAACAGAAGCAGCAAAAGCAGCUGCACUUCCCGCUCGAGUCUAGCGCGAGUCCCAUGGAAGCGCUGCCCGUCCAGAUGACGCCCGGUCCCUAUCCCAUCUACUAUGUGGUGUCCAAGACGAACGGUCGCUUCGGCAAGUUUCCCAUCAAGUCCUUCCGCUCGCCCGCCGAGUUCGCCAAGUACUUGAUCAAAAGCAAGGCGGAGCCCAUUCCCCGGACCCAGCGUUUCGAGGGCAGGCCUCAACCGACGACCGAGGAGGGGUCGGUCGCCAGACGGUAGUCGGUAGCUUUACUGCUUUUGUGAUUUGCACGCGCGCUUUGUAUGCUAAGUUAAAUUAAAUUAUUCACCGUAAUUAUAAUUGCUAAUUACCACAAUAACUACAAUUACCCAAACCUAUUAUGUACGUAUCUCUAAAGUGCCCAGCCCAAGUAUCUUGCUUGCCAAAUAAACCGAAACUGCUUUAUAUCGCAA